GGCCCAGAAGACCAGCCAUUUUUGUCAUUAUUUAAAAUCUUACAUAUGUAUGAGAGGAUGCUGAUAAAAUGCAUUGCAGACGCAGUUUUUUCUGAAAAUGGGCUUGAUGCUGAGAUCUGCAGUAAAAUAAAGGAUUCAUUGCUCUUUGUACAGGAACUUGUGAAUUCUUGCCCACACACAAUCUUUAGUCAAGAGGCUCUUAACUCCUUAAUGUCAGUGAUAUAUGAAGAAAAUGGGCAAUUCUCAGAAAAUAUCCUGUUGAUAUUUAAGAGUGCUGCAAAAUUUAGACCCAUUGGUGAGGUCUUCCACCAGCUAUUUGAAGAAAAGCUUUUAUAUCAUUGGCGGAGGUUUGUUCUGAAGGGAGACUUGCGACAGGCCAAAUUAGCUCUGCAGUGCAUAUUGAAACAUGCUGGAGCUGCUGUGGAUAAUGUUCCUAAAUUAGUGCUUGGAGCAACUGUUAUUGGAGCAAAAGAAGAUAACUUCUACUCCUAA